AUAAAAAAAAAUAUCCCUUUUUCCAGAACAGCGGACAUCCGCAUUUUAUCACUAUAUCCGACCGGCAAAAUGGUCUUAUCGCCGUUCCUCAGUAUAUUCUCAAAAAUCCUGCUUAAUAAUAUAAAAGCUGUAAAAGUAGUGACGACUUCUUGAAGUAGAUUUUCUGCAUUUACAUUUCAUUAGACUAAACGAAAUAUUACCAUCCGAAGACCCAUGAUUGCUCUCUGUGCUACGUCUGAACACCAGUGAACUUGCUGCGACGAACAAUAUGAAAACGACUGAAUUUUCACUUGAAACUUCUACUUUGCACUCGGAAAUAACUGAUUCAUUAGAGAUGCCGCAUUCCUCAGAUGCGGAAGAGCAUUUCACGGAAUCUUUGGACAUGUCUACAGUGAAUAGCAUCAUUGAUGAUUCAACAACAAACACAGCAUCUUUGGACAUGUCUACAGUGAAUAGCAUCAUUGAUGAUUCAACAACAAACACAGCAUCUUUGGACAUGUCUACAGUGAAUAGCACCAUUGAUGAAUCAACGAUAAACACAAAAUUUAUGGACAGGUCUACAGUGAAUAGCACCAUUGAUGAAUUAACAAUUAACACAGAAUCUUUGGAUAUGUCUAUAGUAAAUAGCGCCAUUGAUGAAUCAACAAUAAAUACAGAAUUUUUGGACAUGUCUACAGUGAACAGCAUCAUUGAUGAUUCAAACAAAAACUUGAGAAUACUUUCAACUGCAACCAUGCCUACAAGUGAUACCGGUAUUUAUAAAGCACAAGAAUCCUCUACUGCAAAUUUGCUUCGAUCGUCAGGUAAAUCAACACCCAUGCCCUUUAUAGGGGAUACUAGCAGGACUGAGCCAAUAGAACAUUCUUCAGCGCCUAUCAUUCAAGUCACCGAACCUAAAAUUAACUCGGUAACCAAAGUUAUAGCUGCAACGGACACAGCCUGGUCCAAAAAUGAAAAAGCUAUAGAAGACAAACUUUCAGAUAAUCAAAACGAGGUUACGACAACAGAAUUAUCCCCAGAGUUCAAGAAAUUCUCAUUAUUAACAUCAGCUUUGUCUGAAAACGUACCUGAAACUACUAAUACAGACUUUCAGCAAGGUUCCAUGGAGUCAACAACAGUUCUUAACAACAAGACGACACAUUUAGUCAAAGGCAUUACCACUGAAUUUAUAAACAAAUUUAAUGAAUUGCAGCAUGGAACCAUAUCCUUAGAUGAAAAAAUUGAACCCUCUUCUGAAAAUUUGCCUGAAUUAUCCACUGAAUCUCCGAAGACCAUUGGUUGGAAUGAGGCAAAAGAAAAUUCCUCUAGUUUAUUGGAAGGAAUGGUCACAGAAUCUAUACCAACUUUGCUAAACAGGGAAGUAGCUUCUAAUUCCGUCACAAUCAAGCCCAUCAUGAAAUCUUCUGAAGCAGAAAAUGGAAAUUUUGUUUCUAAAAUACAAACCAUGUCCCCACUCGUGUCUUUGGAGUCAGAUUCGGAAGAAUUAUUAGAAACUGGUGUUUGGUCCACAUUGAAUAUUGAUUCCUCAGGAAACUUUGCUGAGACCACAGAACAGGGUACAGAUCAAAGAGUUUCCAUCUAUCAAACAGCGGAAGAAAAUACCUCUGAAGAAUCUGGGAUGAGUUCAGAAUCUGGAUUAAAUUCAGGUGACAUUGACGAUGAUGAGUUCCCUACAUUACAACCUACAAAAAUGGAACACGGGAAAACUAGUAGAACUAACACCAAAUUCCAAUUCAAGUCUACAACUUUAGGGUUUAACAGGGAGUCACCCAAAAUGCCAGGAAAAGACACCUUCACCUUCAAGAGUCCUAGGUAUCCAUCACUACCAAAUGUUACUUAUAGGACCAGCAAAACAACUAGAACAACUACUAAAAACCCCGACCCCAAUGAGAGAGUUACCCGCAGGUUUCUUCCAGGUGAACGUUCCCAAAUGGAUACUCGCAUAUUGGCAGGGGUGUUGGGACCACUAGUAGUAUUAUUUAUAAUCAUCGCAAUUCUGGGUUUUGUAUACUAUAGAAAGAAGAAGAAAAUGAGAACAUACACAAUAAGUGAUGUGGAAUCUACUUCAAGAAGAGUUGAAGGAGAAGGUUAUGAAGAGAUAAAUACAUUUAGAAAUACUUCUCGUCAAAAACGAUCUGGUCUCGAACCUGUAACACCUGAUGGCCAUACCCCAUUAAAUUUAGAUAAGGGGACAAAAUUGUAGAUUAACAGAAUAUAGUUACACCAUCAAGAUACUUUCACCUAUGUUUGAUAUAAUUUGAAUAUGCCAAUCUUUUAGGCCCACCCAAGUUGAGAGCUCAAGAAAGCUUUUUUGAUCUAAUUUUGUCAUGUUCAUCUGUCAGUGUAUCUUUUAACUUUUCAAAUUUUAUACUUCAUCUAAUGUACCAAUGGGCCAGUCUGAACAAAAGUUACCAUAUAAAAGAAUCCUUCUUGUAUGGAGAGGAUAUUUACAGGUAUUACAUUACAUAAAGUUGAAUGCAUGACAAUGGACCAAGUUCUAGAUUGUUCAUCUUACAUGUUAUUCUCUAUUGAAAAGUUGAUGGCUCAUUUUGAUACUCCCCUCAAGUUGAGGGGGAGCAUUUAAAUGUAUACAGACAAUAUAAAAAUAUCAAUUUUUAUAUACAAAUAAAUUUUAAUGGUAUAAAGAAAAAGA